UAUUUUAUAUUUGAAAUAACCAUCCAGUGCUAUUUUAUAAUAAAUAAAUAGAUGUUUAAUAAAAUGAAUAAAGUUCUUAAUAUUUUUGCUAGACGAUCAAUAUUACAAAGCAGUCGUUUGCUGUGUUCUAGUCAUUAUCAAAUAAAACCUAAUUAUCAUGUUAAUAAUGAUAUUUUGAUGAACAAUUCUAUAAAAAAUGGAAUGAAUUGUUCUAUUAUUAAAAGAUUUAAGCACAAGAAAAAAAGUUCAACAAAGAGAGAACAAGUGGAUUCAGAUGAAGAUGAAAAUGAAGAUGAAAUGGAUCUCGAUUUGGAUGAAUCGCAUGCUAAAAGUAAAAUAGUGGAUAUAAAAGUUAAUUCUUUACGCUUAGAUGCAGUCAUUAAGGCUGGUGUUGGUAUGGCACGCAAAAAAGUUGAGGAAGCCUUUUAUGAAAGUAAAAUUCGCAUUAAUGGGAAAAAAGUAUUGAAAAUAUCUACAGAGGUUAAACUAGACGAUGAAAUUGAUGUUAUUGUUAAUCGACCUCUCGACAACUUGAAUCAAUUGAUAGUGUCUCGUAUUAAAAUUUUAUCUAUAAGUGCUAUAUCUGGUGCUAUUAGAAUUAAAGUAUGUAGAGAUAAAAAUUUAUUAAUAGAUGAAUAUUCUCAGUUAUAAAAAAUGUAUUAAAAAGAAAACUAAAUUACACAUUAGAAUAUGUAAUAAGUUAUUUAAAUGUAUCGUUCUCUUAUUAUACCUAAAUAAAAAAAAGAAUAAAAAGAAGAAGAAGAAGAAAUAUACAUGUUAGAAAAUAUAAA